AUGAGGCAAAACAGUAACACAGAAACUGCCGAGGCUGGUUUCUUGGGCACCAUUUCCUCUUCAUCUAUCAGAAACCUUCUUCCCAGAUCAAUCUCUUCCAAACGCAAAUCUACUUCAAACCCUAAAAUCCCAAAAUCAGAUGCCGAAAACACUCCCCCAAUCGACCCCAACAUCCAGAUCAACCAUGACCAAUCCAACCAAUCACACUCCAAAACCCCAAUUUUCCCUAACGACCUCACCCAACCGAAGACACCUCUUGAAUCGGAUCCAUCAGUGAAGGUUGUAGUACGAAUCAGACCUACCAAUAACAAUGGAAUAGAGGGAGAUCGAACCGUUAAGAAGGUUUCGUCUGAUACAUUGUGCGUUGGGGAUAGGCAAUUUACUUUUGAUUCAGUUUUUGACUCUAACUCGAAUCAGGAAGAUAUUUUUCAGUCAGUGGGUGUCCCCUUGGUCAGAAAUGCUUUAGCUGGUUACAACACUUCAAUUUUGUCAUAUGGCCAGUCUGGAAGUGGAAAGACUUAUACAAUGUGGGGUCCCCCAAGUGCGAUGUUUGAGGAUCCCUCGCCCCAAAGUCACAAGGGAAUUGUUCCUCGGAUCUUCCAAAUGUUAUUUUCUGAGCUUGAGAGAGAGCAGCGAAUGUCUGAGGGGAAACAGUUCAACUAUCAAUGUCGAUGUAGUUUUCUUGAGAUAUACAAUGAACAAAUUGGUGAUUUACUUGAUCAAACCCAGCGGAACCUUGAAAUGAGGGAUGAUUCCAGAAGUGCAUUGUAUAUAGAGAAUCUGACCGAGGAAUACGUCACUAGCUAUGAUGAUGUGACACAAAUUCUGAUUAAGGGGCUCUCAAGCAGAAAAGUUGGAGCAACAAGUUUAAAUUCUAAGAGCUCUAGAUCACAUAUCAUUUUCACAUUUGUGAUUGAGUCUUGGUGUAAGGGAAUCUCAUCAAAUGGUUUCAGUAGUUCAAAAACUAGCAGAAUUAGCCUUGUUGAUCUUGCUGGACAGGACAGGAACAAAGUUGAUGAUGCAGGCAGACAAUGUAUAAAGGAAAGCAGAAAUGUAAAGAAAUCCUUAUCUCAGCUUGGGCGUUUAGUAGAUGCUUUGACUAAAGAAACUCACCCAGGAAAAGCAGAAGAAAUUCCAAACAGGAAUUCUUGUUUAACACGAUUACUACAAGAAUCACUUGGUGGAAAUGCCAAACUCUCAGUAAUCUGUUCCAUCUCCCCUGAUAGCAAGAAUAAUGGUGAAACACUGCGCACACUCAGAUUUGGACAGCGAGUAAGAUCCAUUACAAAUGAGCCUGUUAUUAAUGAAAUAAAGGAGGAUGACGUUAACGAUUUGAGUGAUCAAAUCCGGCAACUGAAGGAAGAACUUAUUAGAGCUAAGGCUGAUGUUCAUAGCUCGGAAGGGAAUAAAAAUGGUUACUUCCACGUACGUAAUGUACGGGAAAGCCUUAAUCAGUUGAGAGCCAGCUUAAACCGUUCUCUACUCCUACCUCACAUUGAUAACGAUACUGAUGAAGUGGUAAAUGUGGACGAGGAGGACAUAAGGCAAUUACGCCAGCAGAUUGAAUUGUAUAGUUCAUGUGAAGGGAAUCCUAAAGACAUAUCUGUCAGUGAAGAUUGUGGUCAGUAUUAUUCUGUUGUGGAAAGUUGUGAUGCAGAUAUGAUAAGUGGUAAUGAAAUUGAAAAAGAAGUAUGUUCUGGAGAAACGUUGAGUAAGCUUUGUAAUGCGGACAGUGUGGCAUCAGCUGACUCCUUGUAUGCAUCAGCAGAUGACCUUUCAUGCACAGCUAACACCUCAAGGACAAUUAACUCGACGUUCAGAGAUAGCAUUUCAGUUAGUUCAUGCCGUCAAUCUCCAAUACUUGAGGAACCACAGUUGUCUGAGUCUCCAAAAAUCAAGAACAACCAGAGGAAAAGUAUGGCUUUUUCAUCAAGUUGUCUUGGAAAUUGGAACAAUGAGGGAGAGAAGAAUUUGAGUUCCAGUCAAGAUUUGUUAGGAAAAUCAUUUAAACAGGGCGAGCAUGCACAAUCCUCGUUACGGUCACGCAAGGUUUUUCCGGGUCCAACUGAGUCCUUGGCAGCAAGCCUUCAGAGGGGGUUGCAGAUAAUUGAUUAUCACCAGCGGAAUUCAGCAGUAAACAAAUCUUCAGCAUCCUUCUCUUUUGAGCGCUUAACCUUAACAACUUGUCCAGAAUUAGACAAGGGUGAUUCUUGUGAUCAAACAAUGCAACAGAAGAAAUAUUUUAUUGAUGAAAGAAUUGCUACUUUGCUUUGCGAAUCUUGCCGUAAAAAAGUAUCCGAUCAGGAUUCCAGUGAGGUCCAAGAUAGCUCAAAGUCAUGGAUGGACACAGCUGAAGCAGGAAAUCCCGGUGCACUGACAGAUAAGGUUCCAAAAGAUUUGGAAAAUACAAUGGCAAAAGCGGUCGUGAGAGAAAACGAGCUCGAGAAUGUUUGCAAGGAGCAAGCAGCUAGAAUUGAGGAACUAAAUCAAUUGGUGGAGAAAUUGAAAGGAGAAAAAGAACUAAACUCCCUCAUUGUGUGUUGUCAAGAAAGCAACAAGCAGACUAGACAUGAAGAAGAGUAUAACUCGUUGAAAGAUGAAGACAAGUUUCUGAGGGACACUUCCUCAGAUGGUCAUUUACCAGGUAUUGUAGAGGAAAAGUGUGAAAUUAAAGAAGUCCAAGAAGAAUUAAUUCAAAGAGACAGCUCUUUUGAUGCUACUGAGAAGGAAGAACUUCUUAAGGAAAUUCAGAAUCUAAGAAGCAAGCUGCAAUUAUAUAGCGACGCACCAGUUAAAAAGUCUACUGACAAACUGAGAUCUUCAUUAAUUUCAAGAUCCAUUCAACUCCGAAAAAGUGGUGUAUUUUCUCGUGAUAAUGGUGGGGAAGAGCUAGAGAAAGAAAGGGAGAGAUGGACCGAAAUGGAAAGUGAGUGGAUAUGUCUUACUGAUGAACUAAGAGUCGAUCUCGAGUCCAACCGCCAACGGGCAGAGAGGGUGGAGCAGGAACUGAAGAUAGAGAAGAACUGUACUGAAGAGUUAGACGAUGCAGUUAAAAGAGCGGUUCUGGGACAUGCUAGAAUGGUAGAACACUAUGCUGACCUCCAAGAAAAAUAUAAUGAUUUGGUUGCAAAGCACAAUGCCAUAAUGGAAGGCAUAGCGGAGGUGAAGAAGGCAGCAGCAAAGGCUGGAAAAAAGGGUCAUGCCCGCUUUGCCAAAUCUCUUGCCGCUGAACUUUCUGCAUUGAGGGUAGAGAGAGAAAGGGAAGCAAAAUUCUUGAAAAAGGAGAACAUGAGUCUCAAGAUUCAACUUAGAGACACUGCAGAAGCUGUUCAUGCAGCUGGAGAAUUACUUGUUAGACUCAGAGAAGCCGAGCAUGCAGCGUCUGUUGGAGAGGAGAAUUUUACAAAAGUGCAACAAGAUAAUGAAAAGCUAAAAAGGCAAAUGGAUAAGCUCAAAAGAAAACACAAGAUGGAGAUGAUUACCAUGAAGCAGUACCUUGCAGAGAGCAAAUUACCAGAAUCUGCACUGCAACCACUAUAUCGAGAUGAUUCUGAUGUGGUGCACAACAAUGCAAGUCAUUAUCCCGAUGAUGAUCAGGCAUGGAGAGCAGAGUUUGGAGCAAUAUAUCAAGAGCAUUAUUAG